AGUCCCCGCCCCUGGAGCUGGCGGCGCAGGGCGCAGCUUCCCGCCGCCCGAGCGGGCCAGCCUGCUGCGUGCGUGCGUGUGUACGCCUGCGCGUGCGUGCGUGCGUGCGUGCCGUCAGCUCGCCGGGCACCGCGGCCUCGCCCUCACCCUCCGCCCCUGAGCCUGCACCGCGUAGACCGACCCCCCCCAGCGCGCGCACCCCGUCGAAGACCCUCACCCGUGCCCCGACUGGUCCUCCCUUUUUUGUAAAACUUAAAGCGGACGCGGCAUUAACGCUUCCCGCCCCGGUGACCUCUCAGGGGUCUCCCCGCCAAAGGUGCUCCGCCGCUGAGGAACAUGGCGAAGGUGGAGCAGGUCCUGAGCCUCGAGCCGCAGCACGAGCUCAAAUUCCGAGGUCCCUUCACUGAUGUUGUCACCACCAACCUGAAGCUUGGCAAUCCAACAGACCGAAAUGUGUGUUUUAAGGUGAAGACUACAGCGCCACGUAGGUACUGUGUGAGGCCCAACAGCGGAAUCAUUGAUGCAGGGGCCUCAAUUAAUGUAUCUGUGAUGUUACAGCCUUUCGAUUAUGAUCCCAAUGAGAAAAGUAAACACAAGUUUAUGGUUCAGUCUAUGUUUGCUCCAACUGACACUUCAGAUAUGGAAGCAGUAUGGAAGGAGGCAAAACCGGAAGACCUUAUGGAUUCAAAACUUAGAUGUGUGUUUGAAUUGCCAGCAGAGAAUGAUAAACCACAUGAUGUAGAAAUAAAUAAAAUUAUAUCCACAACUGCAUCAAAGACAGAAACACCGAUAGUGUCUAAGUCUCUGAGUUCUUCUUUGGAUGACACUGAAGUUAAGAAGGUUAUGGAAGAAUGUAAGAGGCUGCAAGGUGAAGUUCAGAGGCUACGGGAGGAGAACAAGCAGUUCAAGGAAGAAGAUGGACUGCGGAUGAGGAAGACAGUGCAGAGCAACAGCCCCAUUUCAGCGCUAGCCCCAACUGGGAAGGAAGAAGGCCUUAGCACCCGGCUCUUGGCUCUGGUGGUUUUGUUCUUUAUCGUUGGUGUAAUUAUUGGGAAGAUUGCCUUGUAGAAGUAGCAUGCACAGGAUGGUAAAUUGGAUUGAUGGAUCCACCAUAUCAUGGGAUUUAAAUUUAUCAUAACCAUGUGUAAAAAGAAAUUAAUGUAUGAUGACAUCUCACAGGUCUUGCCUUUAAAUUACCCCUCCCUGCACACACGUACACAGAUACACACACACAAAUAUAAUGUAACAAUCUUUUAGAAAGUUAAAAAUGUAUAGUAACUGAUUGGGGGGGAAGAAUGAUCUUUAUUAAUGACAAGGGAAACCAUGAGUAAUGCCACAGUGGCAUAUUGUAAAUGUCAUUUUAAACAUUGGUAGGCCUUGGUACAUGAUGCUGGAUUACCUCUCUUAAAAUGACACUCUUCCUCGCCUGUUGGUGCUGGCCCGUGGGGAGCUGGAGCCCAGCGUGGUGGGGAGUGAGGUCAUCUCCACACAGUAGUCCCCAUGUGGCCCACUCCCGGCCCAGGCUGCUUUCCAUGUCUUCAGUUCUGUCCAAGCCAUCAGCUCCUUGGGACUGAUGAACAGAGUCAGAAGCCCAAAGGAAUUGCACUGUGGCAGCAUCAGACGUACUCGUCAUAAGUGAGAGGCGUGUGUUGACUGAUUGACCCAGCGCUUUGGAAAUAAAUGGCAGCGCUUUGUUCUCUUAAAGGGACCAAGCUAAAUUUUUGUUGGUUCAUGUAGUGACGUUGAACUGUUAUUCAGAGAUGUUUAAUGCAUAUUUAACUUAUUUAAUGUAUUUCAUCUCAUGUUUUCUUAUUGUCACAAGAGUACAGUUAAUGCUGCGUGCUGCCAAACUCUGGUGGGUGAACUGGUAUUGCUGCUGGAGGGCUGUGGGCUCCUCAGUCUCUGGAGAGUCUGGUCAUGUGGAGGUGGGGUUUAUUGGAAUGUUGGAGAAGAGCUGUCAGGACGUGUUUUUCUGGGUCAGUAAAUAACAACUGUCAUAGGGAGGGAAAUUUUCUGUAGUGACAGUCAACUCUAGGUUACCUUUUUUAAUGAAGAGUAGUCAGUCUUCUAGAUUGCUCUUGUACCACCUCUCAACCAUUACUCAUACUUCUAGCACCCAGGCCCAAGUCUGAGUCUAACCUCUCCUUGGGGACCUAGCUUGGAGUCAGGACGAAUGGAUUGGGCUGCAGAAGGUUAGAAUCGAGGGCACCAGCAGUUGGGGGUGGGGAGCAGUGGGAGAGAGAGACUCUUCAGCUAAUCCUUCUAGUACUAGUUGAGAGUUUGACUGUGAAUUAAUUUUAUGCCAUAAAAGACCAAUCCAGUUCUGUUUGACUAUGUAGCAUCUUGAAAAGAAAAAUUAUAAUAAAG